GAUGCUUUCUUCUGCUGGGCUCUGUGCCCUUAUGGCGAGUUCAUCCAGCUACACCAGCGAGUCGGCCAGCACUUACUUCCUUUUCUUCGGAAAUCGAGCUCUUCCUGGAAGCCCCCGCCGGUGACUGGCUGCCUGUCGUUCGAAUCCGUCCGCGGCAUUUUCACGUGGCUCGGCUCGAGUAUCUUCUCUGGCUCAGCACGCGCACUGAAAGAGCUAUUCUUCUGCGGGAGGAGAUCACCAUCUGGGAGGCUGCCUGGGGUAGUGUUGCUUUCAAUCAUCGUGUACUCCUUUUUUCCACCCAACAGAUUUGGCUUGCUGUUGCAUUAGGCAACUGUGAGCUACACCGCUGUGUGGCUACGGCGCUGUACCUAGGCUUCAACUCCAUGGCGUUGCUAGCCUUUGCCGUACCUGACUCCGACUCCCUCGAGCACUUCAUCGUGUCCAUCGUGGGUCGCCCUCUUGGGGCUGAUCCCGCUGCGCCCCUGCUCACGGCGGACGCGGCUGCUCUUCGACGGCUUUACCAUCUAUGCAAAACCGAAUGUGCCGGGGUCGGCCCCUCCGCUCCAUCUUCUAUUGCACCCGCCGCCUCGGGCAAGAAAUCGCUUUCAAAGGAGGAGAUAGCGGAGUUGAUGCAGAAAUUUAUGAAGGCCUAUCCAUCUGAACUGGUUCGGGCGGAUAUUAUGCCUUCAUGUCCAUUUCUCAUGCUCGUGCGCGAACAUUUGGAUGCUGGGAGGUUCUCCUGGAUCCCCUGGAGGCUGCGUUCGUCUGCAUCUGAUGAGGAGCAAUUCCUCGAGCGUCGGCGGCCUCGGACUGACGCUAAAUUGUUGACUCGCCUCCUGCAGGAGGGUCAGCCUGAGGAGGAAUGCAUUGCUUCCAUCCCGCAGUCUGGCCCUGUGGAGCCCAUUGUGCGCCGAUUCUGGGAUCUCCUCAUGUACGCCAUUGCACUUAACGACGGGGCGCAUCUCCUGCAUCUCCGUAAAGCCGCGGAGAAGUUUCUUAGCAUUGCUUUGGCCACGCCCUCGGACCGCAAUAUGCGUCCUCCAUCACUUCAGGAGAUUGUGGAAGCAGACCGGGCUCUCUGGCUGGGGGUUGCCUCCAUUCAAGCAGACCAGGGUUGGUCGCUUACCGAUGCGUUGGCGGAGAUGAUUUUUGCUCGUCCGGAUGUCUACAGUGCCUUG